UUUUUAUUCCCCCCCCCCCCCCAAACUUGAAUACCUUAUGUACGGCAUGGAGUUAAAGGCAUCGCAUUUGGUACCUAGGUGAGAAAGACGAAUCUCGGUCAGAUAUCAGUGAAUCUCGGUGAAGGUACCACACCUCGAACCACGCUAAGCCCGAUACGAGCCAAGCGGCCCCUCCCCCGAUAAGAUAAGAUUAACAAAAAAUUCGAGAAGCGGCAACUCGAGCAACCUCCAGCCAAACUGCAUUGCGCCCGGCCGUUGUACCUCGUCAAUUCUGCCUGACCCAAACCACCCGUGAUCCCGCAUCCUACCACUCCCUACGUCCUCUCCGAAAAAAGACAAUCGACUCACAAUGGGUUCCGUCCUCCAAAAGAAGAAGCGCCGCUCCGGCCGCGCCAAAGUCAAGACGAACAGGCCCAAGAAGCUCCUCAACCCUCUCGGCAACGACAUCAUCGCAAAGAACUGGAACAAGAAGGAAACCCUCACCCAGAACUACCGCCGCCUAGGCCUCACAGCCCGCCUCAAAUCAGCAACAGGCGGCACAGAAAAGACCCUCGCUCAACUCGAGCAAGCAAAGACCGCCUCCUCCUCCGCCAAGCGCGCCGACCCCUUCGCCAUCUCCACAACCGAAGAAGCCGUCUUUGAAGAAGCCCGCGUCGAGCGCGACGCCGACGGCAAGAUCAUCAAAAUCCACUACGCCAGCGCCAACAAGCGUCCCAACCCCCUCAAUGACCCCCUAAACGCCCUCGAAGAAGACUCUGAUGACGAGGAAGGGGCCGCCGAAAACGAAGAAGAAUGGGGCGGCAUCGACGACGAGAGCAGACCCGAAGUCAUCCGCCUCCUCGAAAAGGAAGCCGCUCUCCCCGAGAUCAAGAAGCCGCGGCACAUUAGCCAGCAGGAGAAGGAGUGGCUCGAGAGGCUGAUUGCCAAGCACGGCGACGAUUACGAUGCCAUGGUGCGGGAUCGCAAGUUGAACCCCAUGCAGCAGACGAAAGGCGAUAUCGCGCGCCGGGUGAAGAGGUUUACUGGCAAGGCGUAAAUCUUUCCGGGAGAGGAGAAGCAGUGUAGAUGAGGAGGGGGGGAAAUGGAAGGAAGAGAGUAGAGUGAAGGGGAAGAAAGCAUUUACAGAGAGGGAGGGCAUGGAAGGAAAGAAAAAGUUCCAAAAGGAGUCGUUCAUAUUACAUGUUGGUCGGUGGUAAGAGCCUGGCCAUAGAGGAAAUACUGUCGUGUUCCCCUUUUGAGGAGUUAUGGCGUUUUCAGAUCAAAAUUUUUGGCAUAAAACACAAUAUUCCACAUGUCAACUACAAAAGCAAGUUGACCAAUUUUCAUCAUUGA